GACUGAUCCUAGUUAUGCUGGACAAUUUGUGCUAAUGACAAAUCCUCAGAUCGGUAACACCGGUGUCAAUCCCGAUGAUGAAGAAUCAAGGCAAUGUUUUUUGGCUGGUUUGGUGAUAAGAAGUCUUAGCAUCAGUACCUCAAACUGGAGAUGUAUGAUUACACUUGGUGACUAUCUAGCAGAGAGGAACAUUAUGGGAAUCUAUGAUCUUGACACACGGGCAAUAACCCGUCGAUUAAGAGAAAGCGGCAGUCUUAACGGUGUGCUUAGCACUGAUGGAUCUAAAACCGACGAGGAACUUUUGCAUAUGUCCCGCUCUUGGGAUAUCGUAGGCCUUGAUCUAAUAAGCAAUGUUUCGUGUAAAUCUCCCUACGAAUGGGUUGAAAAAACAAAUCCUGAAUGGGAGUUUAACACAACCUCCUCACAUCACAAGGAAUCCUACCGAGUUAUUGCAUAUGAUUUCGGGAUCAAGCAAAACAUCCUAAGACGCUUGGCAUCAUACGGCUGUGAAAUCACGGUUGUCCCAUCAACAUGGCCAGCUGCAGAGGCACUUGAAAUGAAUCCAGAUGGAAUUCUUUUCAGCAACGGUCCAGGAGAUCCUUCUGCAGUGCCUUAUGCAGUUGAAACGGUUAAAGAGCUUCUAGGAAAAGUUCCUGUCUAUGGAAUCUGUAUGGGUCAUCAGUUACUUGGACAAGCUCUUGGAGGUAAAACCUAUAAGAUGAAGUUUGGUCAUCAUGGAGGAAACCAUCCAGUUUGUAACAACAGAACCGGCCAUGUCGAGAUCAGUGCUCAGAACCAUAACUAUGCAGUAGACCCAGCUUCUCUCCCCUCCGGUGUCGAAGUGACUCAUGUCAAUCUCAACGAUGGAAGUUGCGCUGGUCUCUCUUUUCCGGCAAUGAAUGUCAUGUCUCUUCAGUAUCACCCUGAGGCUUCUCCUGGACCUCAUGACUCCGAUAACGCAUUUGGAGAGUUUGUGGAGCUCAUGAAAAGAUUUAAACAGAGCACUUGAUCUCGGGUAAAACAGUGAUCAGGGAAGGAGUUUUGUUUAGGUGGAUUGAAGUUGGAGUUGCGAAGUUUUUUUUUGUGUCGUGUGAGAAAUAGAAUAUCAUUAUGACUGCCGAAAUAAGACAAUUUAGUUGAGAAACUUAUGCAAGUUUGAUAUUAAUACUAACAUCAAAAGUA